AUGGAUUUUGUGGAAACAACGAAUUUACUGUACGAUUCGUACCUUUUGCACUCCCUUUUUGAUUCGUUUAGUGUGGUCGACGUUUGUACCCCUGAAGCUUGCCCUGAAAUGGCCGCAGGUCCUCAUUAUUCGUACUACUGGACCGACUUUAAUGGUUCCAGUCCCGUUCAGAUGAGUGCCCGUGAGUACAUUUUGACGCUUUUCCAGAGCAUCUCCGACGUGUUUAGCAAGCCUCCGUUCAACCAAUGCAACCAAGGCGUGUUCCCCGACAACUUCAUGUCCAUGUGUCGUGCGAUCUUCAAGAAACUGUUCCGAGUGUAUGCUCAUGUGUACCAUCACCAUCUCAUUGAAUUCACGCGAAUCGGCGCGGAAGCGCAUUUAAACACGACUUUCAAGCGAUUCGUUCUCUUCGAAAGAGAGUUCAAAAUGAUCAAUAUCAACGAGGAAAUGCCGCUUCGCAAGCUUAUAUCGCAGUAG